ACGUAACACAAUGGAACAACAGAAGCCUAAGAUGAUUUAUAGAAAAUUAGGUAACACUGGGCUAGAUGUCUCUGUACUUUCUUUCGGAACAUGGCUGACUGCUCAUGAUGAUAAAGCUGAAGAUGACAUCAUUGAGUGCAUGAAGAAAGCAUGGGAACUAGGUGUUAAUUUCUUUGAUACUGCUGAAGGUUAUGGGGCAGGGGUAGCUGAGACUCUUCUAGGUAAAGGCCUGAAAGCAAUCGGAGCUCCAAGAGAAGAUUUCGUAGUCUCUACUAAGCUCUUUAUAUGUGGAUCAGGAGUAAACGAUAAAAUGCUUAGUAGAAAGCAUCUCGUGGAAGGAGUUAAGAAUUCUUUGAAAAGACUUGACCUUGAUUAUGUUGAUGUGAUCUUUUGUCAUAGACCAGAUACUCAGACUCCUAUUGACGAAACAUGCAGAGCUAUGGAUUGGAUAGUUGAGGAAGGAUACGCCUUCUACUGGGCUACUUCUGAAUGGACUCCAGACCAGAUCGCUAGAGCUAUGGAGGUCUGUGAGAAAGAAGACCUCAACAAGCCAAUUGCUGAUCAGUGCCAAUACAACGGCUUCUACAGAGAAAACUUUGAGAAAAACUUGAGACAUUCAUAUGAGAACUACAAAUAUGGAACAACCGUCUGGUCUCCUCUUGCCAUGGGGCUUCUAACUGGUAAAUAUAAUAGUGGAGAGUUUCCUGUAGGAUCAAGGUUCCAUCCUGACAGUGAAGAGUCUAAGUUCGACCAUUGGUACUUUGGCAAAGAUGUCUGUUGUCUUGGUUAUGAGGAUGAAUAUUAUAUCUCCAAUGUUAAUUUACUGAGUAGCAGAAGAGAGAGCGCAUUAGAGACAUGCAACAAAUUCACAAAGAUUGCUGAAGAAGUGGGAUGUACUUCAGCCCAGCUUGGCCUUGCAUGGGUUAUUGUCAACAGAGAUACUAGUACUUGUAUCUUCGGAGCUAAAACCCCUCAGCAAGUAGAAGACAACAUCGGGGCUUUGAAGGUAGCUUCAAAGUGGACUGAAGAGCUUGAAGACAAGAUAGAAGAGGCUCUUGGCAAUCAGCCAGACCCAGAGAUGGACUACAACACCUGGGCUCCAAAAAGGCCAAGAAGAAGAGUAGCAAUUGACUAUAAUAUGCCAAAUCUUAAUGAAUAAGUUGGAAAAAUUAUAUCAGAAAUUGUUUUGCUUUUCUUUUGCUUUUUGGAUAUACCCAUGACUCUUUCGCUUAUCCAAACUGCUUAGGGUUCAUAUUAAUAAAUCACUUAGUCCUG